AUGACAACUGUCGCAGUGACACGUGGCGGGCCUCAAGCCGCAGUAGCUCUAGCGGCCUGCGCGGCGGCCGGUACGGCCUGCCUCGUGUGGGCUCUCCGCGGUCGUUAUUUGCAGGUGUUCCUCGGUUCGAAUCCCGAGAAAGGCGGCGGAAAUGGCGGGAAUGGAGAGAAGGAACGGCAGGGAGUCACGCUGACGUCAUUGAACCACCUAAUCGCGUUGACGGGUGACAGCUGGCAUUCCUCGCUACAGCGGCUCGCGAUUGGACAGAUGGUCAUCGGCUUGAAGCUCACCAACGAGCCCACACUCGCAGCCAUCCCCUCGCCGCUGCCUGUCUCACUCGCCAUGCUGGCAUCUCUGCGUGACGUGGACCUGUCAGCCAAUGGGCUUUCCACAUUCCCCGACGCCCUGCUGUCCGUUCCUGGACUCAAGAAACUUAAUCUGUCGAGAAACAAACUCACAAGUCUCCCCCAAGAAAUACGCCGGCUCUCCCACCUGGAGCACCUGGACCUAGGCCGAAACCACCUGCCAGGUGUGCCUGAGGAAAUCGGGCACCUGACGAAUCUCCUGACGCUCAACCUGAUGUGCAACCAGCUGGAGAGCCUACCUGACAGCAUCGGGCGGCUGACGAGGGUGUUUCGCCUAGGUCUCAAGAGUAACAGGCUCAGCGCCCUGCCCUCAUCCAUAGGCGGCAUGACCUCUCUCGUGGAGCUCUACCUCACGGACAACCGCCUGACCGCCCUGCCUGAUUCCAUCGGCUGCUGCGGCAUGACCUCUCUCGUGGAGCUCUACCUCACAGACAACCGCCUCACGGCCCUGCCUGAUUCCAUCGGCUGCUGCACCAACCUCGUCAAGCUGCAGGCCUCGUUCAACCAGCUGUACGAGGUGCCAGAGUCCAUGGGCCAUCUCUCCCGCCUCGAGCUGCUGCGCCUCGCAGCCAACAACCUGCACGCCCUUCCGCCCUCCCUCGCGCUGCUCCCUCGUCUGGCGUGGCUGUCCCUCGCCAGCAACCCCCUCUGCCCACCACUGCCGCCGCACCACCAGGGCGUGGAGGAUAUUCCCUUUGGGGAGCUGCAGCUGGGGAGGAAACUGGGCGAUGGAGCCAGUGGUGAGUGCUUUGCUUCCCUGUGUGCAGCAACCCCCCGCGCACCACCAGGGAGUGGAGGAUAUUCCCUUUGGGGAGCUGCAGCUGGGGAGGAAGCUGGGCGACGCAUCCCCCUCUGCCUGCCGUUGCCGCCACACCACCAGGGAGUGGAGGACAUUCCCUUUGGGGAGCUGCAGCUGGGGAGGAAGCUGGGCGACGGCGCAAGUGGUGAGUGCGCUCCCUCCCCAUCCGUGGCCCUGUGUGUGUGUCUCCCUCGCCCUCCCUCCUGCACGCCCUGCCCCUCUUCCUCACCGCCGCACCACCAGGGAGUGGAGGAUAUUCCCUUUGGGGAGUUGCAGCUGGGGAGGAAACUGGGCGACGGCGCCAGUGGUGAGUGCCUUGCCUCCCAGUGUGUGUGUAUAGCCGUGUGUGUAUUUACCCCCUUGCAAGGGGAGAAGGCACAUUACCCCCUUCACUUCACCCCCCUGAACUCACCCUCCUCUUUUCCCUCUCAUCCCCACAUGCCACCAGGUGACGUGUACGCAGCGGUGUGGCACGGGCACGAGGUGGUGUUCAAGCAGUUCAACAGCGAGACCAGCCCGGACGGGCGGGCAGUGGAUGAGAUCGCCAUGACUGCUGCUGUCGACCACCCCCACCUCGUGCAGGUGGAAGCGACGGUGGAGCACCCGCAUGGGCUGGUCAUGCGGCGCGUGUUUGGAAGGUGGGCGCAGGGGAAGGUGGGCGCAGGGGAAGGUGGGCGCAGGGGAAGGUGGGCGCAGGGGAAGGUGGGCGCAGGGGAAGGUGGGCGCAGGGGAAGGUGGGCGCAGGGGAAGGUGGGCGCAGGGGAAGGUGGGCGCAGGGGAAGGUGGGCGCAGGGGAAGGUGGGCGCAGGGGAAGGUGGGCGCAGGGGAAGGUGGGCGCAGGGGAAGGUGGGCGCAGGGGAAGGUGGGCGCAGGGGAAGGUGGGCGCAGGGGAAGGUGGGCGCAGGGGGAGGUGGGCGCAGGGGAAGGUGGCCAGGGAAGGUGGGCGCAGGGGAAGGUGGGCGCAGGGGAAGGUGGGCGCAGGGGAAGGUGGGCGCAGGGGAAGGUGGGCGCAGGGGAAGGUGGGCGCAGGGGAAGGUGGGCGCAGGGGAAGGUGGGCGCAGGGGAAGGUGGGCGCAGGGGGAAGGUGGGCGCAGGGGAAGGUGGGCGCAGGGGAAGGUGGGCGCAGGGGAAGGUGGGCGCAGGGGGAAGGUGGGCGCAGGGGAAGGUGGGCGCAGGGGAAGGUGGCGCAGGGGAAGGUGGGCGCAGGGGAAGGUGGGCGCAGGGGAAGGUGGGGCGCAGGGGAAGGUGGGCGCAGGGGAAGGUGGGCGCAGGGGAAGGUGGGCGCAGGGGAAGGUGGGCGCAGGGGAAGGUGGGCGCAGGGGGAGGUGGGCGCAGGGGAAGGUGGCGCAGGGGAAGGUGGGCGCAGGGGAAGGUGGGCGCAGGGGAAGGUGGGCGCAGGGGAAGGUGGGCGCAGGGGAAGGUGGGCGCAGGGGGAAGGUGGGCGCAGGGGAAGGUGGGCGCAGGGGAAGGUGGGCGCAGGGGAAGGUGGGCGCAGGGGAAGGUGGGCGCAGGGGAAGGUGGGCGCAGGGGAAGGUGGGCGCAGGGGAAGGUGGGCGCAGGGGAAGGUGGGCGCAGGGGAAGGUGGGCGCAGGGGAAGGUGGGCGCAGGGGGAAGGUGGGCGCAGGGGAAGGUGGGCGCAGGGGAAGGUGGGCGCAGGGGAAGGUGGGCGCAGGGGAAGGUGGGCGCAGGGGAAGGUGGGCGCAGGGGAAGGUGGGCGCAGGGGAAGGUGGGCGCAGGGGGAAGGUGGCGCAGGGGAAGGUGGGCGCAGGGGAGGUGGGCGCAGGGGAAGGUGGGCGCAGGGGAAGGUGGCGCAGGGAAGGUGGGCGCAGGGGAAGGUGGGCGCAGGGGAAGGUGGGCGCAGGGGAAGGUGGGCGCAGGGGAAGGUGGGCGCAGGGGGAGGUGGGCGCAGGGGAAGGUGGGCGCAGGGGAAGGUGGGCGCAGGGGAAGGUGGGCGCAGGGGAAGGUGGGCGCAGGGGAAGGUGGGCGCAGGGGAAGGUGGGCGCAGGGGAAGGUGGGCGCAGGGGAAGGUGGGCGCAGGGGAAGGUGGGCGCAGGGGAAGGUGGGCGCAGGGGGAAGGUGGGCGCAGGGGAAGGUGGGCGCAGGGGAAGGUGGGCGCAGGGGGAAGGUGGGCGCAGGGGGAAGGUGGGCGCAGGGGAAGGUGGGCGCAGGGGAAGGUGGGCGCAGGGGAAGGUGGGCGCAGGGGAAGGUGGGCGCAGGGGAAGGUGGGCGCAGGGGAAGGUGGGCGCAGGGGAAGGUGGGCGCAGGGGAAGGUGGGCGCAGGGGAAGGUGGGCGCAGGGGAAGGUGGGCGCAGGGGGAAGGUGGGCGCAGGGGAAGGUGGGCGCAGGGGAAGGUGGGCGCAGGGGAAGGUGGGCGCAGGGGAAGGUGGGCGCAGGGGAAGGUGGGCGCAGGGGAAGGUGGGCGCAGGGGAAGGUGGCGCAGGGGAAGGUGGGCGCAGGGGAGGUGGGCGCAGGGGAGGUGGGCGCAGGGGGAGGUGGGCGCAGGGGGAGGUGGGCGCAGGGGGAGGUGGGCGCAGGGGGAGGUGGGCGCAGGGGGAGGUGGGCGCAGGGGGAGGUGGGCGCAGGGGGAGGUGGGCGCAGGGGAAGGUGGGCGCAGGGGAAGGUGGGCGCAGGGGAAGGUGGGCGCAGGGGAAGGUGGGCGCAGGGGAAGGUGGGCGCAGGGAAGGUGGGCGCAGGGGAAGGUGGGCGCAGGGGAAGGUGGGCGCAGGGGAAGGUGGGCGCAGGGGAAGGUGGGCGCAGGGGGAGGUGGGCGCAGGGGGAGGUGGGCGCAGGGGGAGGUGGGCGCAGGGGGAGGUGGGCGCAGGGGGAGGUGGGCGCAGGGGGAGGUGGGCGCAGGGGGAGGUGGGCGCAGGGGGAGGUGGGCGCAGGGGGAGGUGGGCGCAGGGGAAGGUGGGCGCAGGGGAAGGUGGGCGCAGGGGAAGGUGGGCGCAGGGGAAGGUGGGCGCAGGGGAAGGUGGGCGCAGGGGAAGGUGGGCGCAGGGGAAGGUGGGCGCAGGGGAAGGUGGGCGCAGGGGAAGGUGGGCGCAGGGGAAGGUGGGCGCAGGGGAAGGUGGGCGCAGGGGAAGGUGGGCGCAGGGGAAGGUGGGCGCAGGGGAAGGUGGGCGCAGGGGAAGGUGGGCGCAGGGGGAAGGUGGGCGCAGGGGAAGGUGGGCGCAGGGGAAGGUGGGCGCAGGGGAAGGUGGGCGCAGGGGAAGGUGGGCGCAGGGGAAGGUGGGCGCAGGGGAAGGUGGGCGCAGGGGAAGGUGGGCGCAGGGGGAGGUGGGCGCAGGGGGAGGUGGGCGCAGGGGGAGGUGGGCGCAGGGGGAGGUGGGCGCAGGGGGAGGUGGGCGCAGGGGGAGGUGGGCGCAGGGGGAGGUGGGCGCAGGGGGAGGUGGGCGCAGGGGAGGUGGGCGCAGGGGAAGGUGGGCGCAGGGGAAGGUGGGCGCAGGGGAAGGUGGGCGCAGGGGAAGGUGGGCGCAGGGGAAGGUGGGCGCAGGGGAAGGUGGGCGCAGGGGAAGGUGGGCGCAGGGGAAGGUGGGCGCAGGGGAAGGUGGGCGCAGGGGAAGGUGGGCGCAGGGGGAGGUGGGCGCAGGGGGAGGUGGGCGCAGGGGGAGGUGGGCGCAGGGGGAGGUGGGCGCAGGGGGAGGUGGGCGCAGGGGGAGGUGGGCGCAGGGGAGGUGGGCGCAGGGGGAGGUGGGCGCAGGGGGAGGUGGGCGCAGGGGGAGGUGGGCGCAGGGGGAAGGUGGGCGCAGGGGAAGGUGGGCGCAGGGGAAGGUGGGCGCAGGGGAAGGUGGGCGCAGGGGAAGGUGGGCGCAGGGGAAGGUGGGCGCAGGGGAAGGUGGGCGCAGGGGAAGGUGGGCGCAGGGGAAGGUGGGCGCAGGGGAAGGUGGGCGCAGGGGAAGGUGGGCGCAGGGGAAGGUGGGCGCAGGGGAAGGUGGGCGCAGGGGAAGGUGGGCGCAGGGGGAAGGUGGGCGCAGGGGAAGGUGGGCGCAGGGGAAGGUGGGCGCAGGGGAAGGUGGGCGCAGGGGAAGGUGGGCGCAGGGGAAGGUGGGCGCAGGGGAAGGUGGGGCGCAGGGGAAGGUGGGCGCAGGGGAAGGUGGGCGCAGGGGAAGGUGGGCGCAGGGGGAGGUGGGCGCAGGGGGAGGUGGGCGCAGGGGGAGGUGGGCGCAGGGGGAGGUGGGCGCAGGGGGAGGUGGGCGCAGGGGGAGGUGGGCGCAGGGGGAGGUGGGCGCAGGGGGAGGUGGGCGCAGGGGAAGGUGGGCGCAGGGGAAGGUGGGCGCAGGGGAAGGUGGGCGCAGGGGAAGGUGGGCGCAGGGGAAGGUGGGCGCAGGGGGAGGUGGGCGCAGGGGGAGGUGGGCGCAGGGGAGGUGGGCGCAGGGGGAGGUGGGCGCAGGGGGAGGUGGGCGCAGGGGGAGGUGGGCGCAGGGGGAGGUGGGCGCAGGGGGAGGUGGGCGCAGGGGGAGGUGGGCGCAGGGGGAGGUGGGCGCAGGGGGAGGUGGGCGCAGGGGGAGGUGGGCGCAGGGGGAGGUGGGCGCAGGGGAAGGUGGGCGCAGGGGAAGGUGGGCGCAGGGGAAGGUGGGCGCAGGGGAAGGUGGGCGCAGGGGAAGGUGGGCGCAGGGGAAGGUGGGCGCAGGGGAAGGUGGGCGCAGGGGAAGGUGGGCGCAGGGGAAGGUGGGCGCAGGGGAAGGUGGGCGCAGGGGAAGGUGGGCGCAGGGGAAGGUGGGCGCAGGGGAAGGUGGGCGCAGGGGAAGGUGGGCGCAGGGGAAGGUGGGCGCAGGGGAAGGUGGGCGCAGGGGAAGGUGGGCGCAGGGGAAGGUGGGCGCAGGGGAAGGUGGGCGCAGGGGAAGGUGGGCGCAGGGGAAGGUGGGCGCAGGGGAAGGUGGGCGCAGGGGAAGGUGGGGCAGGGGGAGGUGGGCGCAGGGGGAGGUGGGCGCAGGGGGAGGUGGGCGCAGGGGGAGGUGGGCGCAGGGGGAGGUGGGCGCAGGGGGAGGUGGGCGCAGGGGGAGGUGGGCGCAGGGGGAGGUGGGCGCAGGGGGAGGUGGGCGCAGGGGGAGGUGGGCGCAGGGGGAGGUGGGCGCAGGGGGAAGGUGGGCGCAGGGGGAAGGUGGGCGCAGGGGAAGGUGGGCGCAGGGGAAGGUGGGCGCAGGGGAAGGUGGGCGCAGGGGAAGGUGGGCGCAGGGGAAGGUGGGCGCAGGGGAAGGUGGGCGCAGGGGAAGGUGGGCGCAGGGGAAGGUGGGCGCAGGGGAAGGUGGGCGCAGGGGAAGGUGGGCGCAGGGGAAGGUGGGCGCAGGGGAAGGUGGGCGCAGGGGAAGGUGGGCGCAGGGGAAGGUGGGCGCAGGGGAAGGUGGGCGCAGGGGAAGGUGGGCGCAGGGGAAGGUGGGCGCAGGGGAAGGUGGGCGCAGGGGGAGGUGGGCGCAGGGGAAGGUGGGCGCAGGGGAAGGUGGGCGCAGGGGAAGGUGGGCGCAGGGGAAGGUGGGCGCAGGGGAAGGUGGGCGCAGGGGAAGGUGGGCGCAGGGGAAGGUGGGCGCAGGGGAAGGUGGGCGCAGGGGAAGGUGGGCGCAGGGGGAGGUGGGCGCAGGGGAGGUGGGCGCAGGGGAAGGUGGGCGCAGGGGAAGGUGGGCGCAGGGGAAGGUGGGCGCAGGGGAAGGUGGGCGCAGGGGAAGGUGGGCGCAGGGGAAGGUGGGCGCAGGGGAAGGUGGGCGCAGGGGAAGGUGGGCGCAGGGGAAGGUGGGCGCAGGGGAAGGUGGGCGCAGGGGAAGGUGGGCGCAGGGGAAGGUGGGCGCAGGGGAAGGUGGGCGCAGGGGAAGGUGGGCGCAGGGGAAGGUGGGCGCAGGGGAAGGUGGGCGCAGGGGAAGGUGGGCGCAGGGGAAGGUGGGCGCAGGGGAAGGUGGGCGCAGGGGAAGGUGGGCGCAGGGGAAGGUGGGCGCAGGGGGAGGUGGGCGCAGGGGAAGGUGGGCGCAGGGGAAGGUGGGCGCAGGGGAAGGUGGGCGCAGGGGAAGGUGGGCGCAGGGGAAGGUGGGCGCAGGGGAAGGUGGGCGCAGGGGAAGGUGGGCGCAGGGGAAGGUGGGCGCAGGGGAAGGUGGGCGCAGGGGAAGGUGGGCGCAGGGGGAGGUGGGCGCAGGGGGAGGUGGGCGCAGGGGAAGGUGGGCGCAGGGGAAGGUGGGCGCAGGGGAAGGUGGGCGCAGGGGGAGGUGGGCGCAGGGGGAGGUGGGCGCAGGGGGGGGGGAGGUGGGCGCAGGGGGAGGUGGGCGCAGGGGGAGGUGGGCGCAGGGGGAGGUGGGCGCAGGGGGAGGUGGGCGCAGGGGGAGGUGGGCGCAGGGGGAGGUGGGCGCAGGGGGAGGUGGGCGCAGGGGGAGGUGGGCGCAGGGGGAGGUGGGCGCAGGGGGAGGUGGGCGCAGGGGGAGGUGGGCGCAGGGGGAGGUGGGCGCAGGGGGAGGUGGGCGCAGGGGGAGGUGGGCGCAGGGGGAGGUGGACGCAGGGGGGGGUGCGUUCACGGGGUCUGGAAGGCGCAAGGUGGGUGGGAGGGGAAGCGGGGCUCUGAGUGCUUGCUACUUUUUCCAUUCACCUCGUGUUUCCCCUCCGUGCCCUCAACUUCAUCCCCGCUUCCUCAAGGCCACGGCGGAUCCCCCCAACGGUAAAUACCUCCUGCGCUGCCACUGGGCCCCACUGCCUCCUACUCGCUCGCCUCCGUGCUCACAUCCUCCCUUCUCUCUCCCCUUCAACACCCCUCCCCCCAACUCCCUCAGGGCCAUGGCGGAUCCACCCAAUGGUGAAUCCCUGCUGCGCUGCCGCUGGCCACCCACCGCCUCCCACUCGCUUGCCACUGUGGUGGCCGUGGGGAGGGGGCUGGCGUCGGCUUUGCAGUGGAUGCAUGCGCGGGGGUGGGCGCAUGGCGAUGUGUAUGCUCACAACGUGCUUCUGGACGAUAAGGGCUUCGCUGUGCUGUGUGACUAUGGUGAGUUUUUGUGA